AAACCGACAGUUGAAUUACAUCACUUUUUAAUCAUUAUAAAACAGCGUAUCAGAAUUUAUUAUAUUGGAUUAUGCAGGUAAAACGUUUGAUUUGGUUGUGUUUGCUUGAUAUUGCAAUAUUGCUAAAGUCAUGUGCGGCUUUGUUUAACACCACCAAUUCUAAAUCCACAAGCAAUACCACAGGAUGGUUCGUGGACUACGGUUCGAUUGACACCAAGUUCUCAUUGCGCACAGCCGAGGAGCCGGAAGAAGAUGUGUGCUACAUUCGGCCCGGGAGGCAGGAGUCAAUCACCGAGUGUGGUUUCAACAUUACAGCGCAAACAUUCGCUAUCGUCCAUGGCUGGACGGUGGCGGGAAUAUUUGAGGGCUGGGUGUCGCAGCUGGUCUCUGCCCUGCUCGAGAGAGAGCCCAGUGCGAACGUCAUCGUGGUGGACUGGCUGAAACGCGCUCAGCACCACUACCCUAACGCCGCUCAGAACACCCAUCUGGCAGGGCAAGAUUUGGCCGCGCUGAUCAACUGGUUAGAGCUUGAUGUGAAGUAUGAUCUCUCCAAACUCCAUCUGCUGGGCUUCAGUCUUGGGGCACAUGUGGCUGGGGUCGCAGGAAACCUCGCCUACAGCAAAGUUAACAGGAUAACAGGCAUGGACCCUGCGGGCCCCCACUUCGAGUAUGCAGACGAGCUGCGCCGCCUGUCCCCCGAUGACGCCAGCUUCGUGGACGUCGUCCACACCAACACCAAGGGGAGCCCCGACCUCAGCAUCGGCAUCCAAAGGCCGGUGGGCCACGUGGACAUCUACCCCAAUGGGGGCAUGGACCAGCCCGGCUGCACUCUGCAGCACACCUUGCAGAUGAUGGCCACCUUCGGCCUCCAGAGUACGUCGAGAGAGGGACCUGUCCUCGUAAGGCUCCCAGCAUGCUGUGCUUAAUGGAUACUCAGGGCCGCCGUCCUGAGCGACCCAUAGCAAAAACGUGCUCUCCACUCUCUGCUCCAUCCCUAGCUAAGUUUCUCCACCUUUGAUUGACAUUCAAUAUGGAUACCCCUGAAGCAAUCAGGGAAGAGAUGCCCAAUUUUUUUUGUCCAACUAGUCCAAAAGUAUGUAACUUGCUCUGUUUGCCAUUGAUAACGUCUUCUAUUAACCAUUUAAUCAGUAGAACAGAAUCAUCAGUGAUCAACAAAAGAAGACAACCACAACACAGACUGAUGACAUUGUUUC